AAAACCUAAGACGUUGACGUGGGGAAAUGACACACAAGGAAGCAGAGGCAGCAGAAAUAAUGCUGUCCAUCAUAAUCUGAGAUAGAUGAAAGGCCAGCAUUGCCUAGAACUGGAGUUUCACAAGGUGAGCACAGAGAGCGGGGGUUUUUGUCCUUCACCAUGAUCCACAAACAGCUCCCUGAAAUGGUGCUGCUGCUGUUGGCUUCUUGCACUGUCUCCUCCCUAGACUCGAAACUGAUUCUCUUCCAAUCAAGAAUGGAUGGAGAAAGUCUACAGCUACUGAAGGCUUUGCCAAUCUCAUCCAGCCAGCAGUGUCUAGCACACAGGAAAAAUUUCCUGCUUCCUUGGCAGCCUGUGAGUCAUCACCAGUACCAAAAGGGACAUGCCCUGGCUGUUCUGCACGAGAUCCUCCAGCAGACCUUCAAUCUCUUCCAGACACAUGUUUCUCUGGGCAUUUGGGAGGAAAGCUGUGUAGAGAGGGUCUUAGCUGCGCUUCACCGACAGCUGACAUCCGUGGAGUCACUAGCUGGGCUAAAAGCAGAGCAGAAGAGAGGGGGCUCGAGCGUGCAGAGCCUUAGGUUACGGAUUAAAGCAUACUUCAGGAGGAUCCACGAUUACCUGGAAAGCCAGAGGUACAGCAGCUGUGCCUGGAUCAUUGUCCAGGUAGAACUCAACCGCUGUAUGGUCUUUGUGUUCAGGCUCACGGGAUGGCUGAGCAAACAAGAACUAGACCCUUGAACACUGUGAAGCAAGAGCCAACAAUGGGUUUUAAAAGCAUAGGUUGGUGGCAGAGUGAGAGGCGAUCUCUGAGCAUUCCGGUUUCUUCUUUGGGCUGCAUUGCUUUGCUUCUGCGGGUCUUUAACUGUGUCUGAAGAUUGCAUGAGUUGGCCACAGUUGUUUUCAUUUUGCCAUGCUGUGUUAUGUUUUCUACCAAUUUUAAUUUAUUUGAGAAUUAAAAUGAAUUCAUGGAAAUUUU